CUAUGAAAUUGAAGGUUCCACCAAAAUUCUCAAGAAAUGCCUCGUUGAGGCCAGCAAUACACCGUGGGGUGAAAGUGUGACCUUUCAUCAAAUUCUUGAAUAUUCUUGCACUAUUCCAACAUAUAUACAUAUAAAUCAACAUUUAGAUAUUGAUUCAAAAUUAUUUCUACCACCAAUAAUUGAAGGACAUGCUUGGGAGCUGGAGGCUGAAAGUGAGCGAACCCGGUGAAAAUUUGUUCUCAUUCAUCGCAGUCGAACACCCGAAGCUCGGAACCUACUUCCGAGCCUCCUUCACAGCCACGAAAGUCGCAACUCCGAUGCCCAUUUCAUCGGAUGAUCUUGAGGCAUUCUUCUGGUUGAUGCCUCAUCGAGUCUCGAUCAUGGCCUAUUGGAAUGCUGCGAAGCUGUGGUGGAAAAAUGUUCCCUUCUUUGAUCAUCCAAGAAAAGAGAAUCCAUCCUACAGAGACGAAGCGAUUCCGCUCGACGAAAAGAUGCAGUUUUGUCCGAUUUUCGGAGGUAAUAAUUUGAAUGUUCGAUGUGAAGAACGAAUUGAUCGAUGCUUCACUUGGAAGGAUGCUAAGAGACCUUGGUCAUAUCUCAUUUCUUACACCGGCAAAAUUCUGUAA